AUGUCUGCUCAACCGACCAACACCCUCACCCUCGUAAGCAAUGACGGCGUCUCCGUCACUGCCACCAAGGCUGCCGUAGCCAUGUCUGACUUCCUCAAUGACAUGAUGGCGGACCUUCCCGAGGAGGCAUUAGACACCCCCGUUCCUUUCACCGAGAUCGAUGGCCAGACACUCCAAAACAUCAUCCAGUGGUGCGAGCACCGUGCCGUCUACGAGGCCGAAAAGGCUGCUUUCUUUGCCCAAGAGGCAGAGAACAAGCGUAAGACGGACGAGCUCAUGAAGAAGCGCGAGGAAAGGGCGGCGAAGAGGAGAGUACAGCAGGAGGCCGCUGCUCACGCCGCGCAGAGCGGACAAGACCCUCCCGCUCAGACAAUCAUUAAGGAUAUCGAUGAGCAGGAGGAACAUGUCCCAAACCCGGAUACCGAGAGGGCGCAUGAGUACGAAACGCGCCAUGUGCAAUGGAUGUCGGAGUGGGAUGAGGAGUUCAUUGGUCAGCUCCCGAAGGAUGACCUUUUUAGGCUGGCUAAUGCGGCUAACUUCCUUGCGAUUGAGGCCCUCCUUGAUUACGCCACGAAGAUUGUCGCGAAGAAUAUGGCGGAUAUGGAGACUGAGGGUAUGCGCGAAUACCUCAAUGUCAAGAACGACUUCGACCCUGAGGAGGAGAAGGAGUUGGUUGAGCAGCUGAGCUGGGCGGAGGGGAGGUACUUUUGGUAA